AUGGAGACUGAAAGUUUGACUUCUGUUCACGGUGACAUUGCCGAGGGGACCCUGCUCUCAGUCGAUCAAGAACUCCCUAUAGCUGAUGGGGUCAUUAUCCAAUUCCUCAUGCAACGGGUGCCGGAAUUUCGCAAGUUGCAGGAGCUUCGCAAACAAGGAUGGAACAACCCUCAAGGCGAUCAGUAUUUUCGCCAGCAGCGCGAUAGAGCCGACAAGGCCAAUGCAAGGACUGCCAGAUUCUUCUACAACAUGAUGCAGCGGAUCGGACAAGAGGUUCACAGCGCCGUGGGAGCCUUUGCAAUUCAGGACAGCAACCUAUCGCGACCGAUGGUUCUCGACAUGUGCGCGGCCCCUGGAGGAUUCCUUCACACAGCUCUCGAGUUGAACCCGAAAGCUCAGGCGGUGGCGUUCAGUUUGCCUGUCGAAUCUGGAGGACACAAAAUUCUUAUUCCAAACAGCAAGAGGUUCCAGUUGAAGUUCUUGGAUAUAACGAUGCUUGCGGCAGAUAUGGGAUUGGUGGAUGUACCCGUUGAACACCCAGAUCACAGCAGUUUCUUGCCGCAACAGCUGAAGCCAGGCGAUCUAUUUGACCUGGUGAUUUGUGACGGCCAGGUCCUCCGAACCCAUGCCCGCAAACAAUACCGGGAAAAUCGUGAGGCUUAUCGGCUGACAGUGACGCAACUGUGUCUUGGUCUCGAACAUGCAAGACCAGGUAGCACAAUGAUUGUAUUAUUACACAAACUUGAGGCCUGGGACACAGUCUUACUUCUGAACACAUUCAGAGAAUUCGCCACUGUAGGGCUGUUCAAGCCGAAAACCAGUCAUGCUAAGCGCUCGUCGUUCUACAUGAUCGCUAGGAACAUUCAAAGUCAAGGACCCGCGGCCGCUCAUGCGAUUGCGAAGUGGAAAUCAAUAUGGAAGGCGGCGACUUGCGAAACCAAUGAGGAGUUUGUGAAAGUUUUGCGCGGAGGCGAACCCAGUGUCAAGGAGGUGCUUGACGAGUUUGGCUUAGAGCUCAUCGUUUUGGGAAAAGACGUUUGGGCCACUCAGGUCAGAGCCCUUGAAAAAGCUCCUUUCAUUAAGCAACGAUCGUAG